AUAAACCAGAGUUAUUUUGGGUUCUUUUUGGCUUUGGUUUUUUGGUGGGUUUUUUUUUUUCAGAAAAAUUAGAAGUCCUCCAUUGCAAAGAAAUUAUUGGCUUGGGUUUGUUUUUUUUCAUUGAAGUAAUGGAACAAUCCUUGAAAUAGCUUGCUUUCUUUUCACAGCUGUUACCUGCUUUCUUGUAGUAAACUGUAGUAAGCAAGAAAAAGGUUUGUACAUUGCAAACAAAAUGUGGAUAGGAAGGAAGACUAGGAUAUGCUUAGAUAGCUGUGUCACAUUUGUUUUGAGGUUAUAAGAGACUCUCUUUCAGUAACUAAUAAACAGCUCUGGAUAGCUGUUGAAUGAUGGGAAGACUCAUGUAAUUUUUGUCCUGUAAUCCAAAACUGUAAAGUUGAAGAUCUGGAUAAGCCAAUAGCUGUUUGCUGUUGACACAGAUACAGACCUAGAAUUUGUGUAUCAGUGUACUUAAGUGUGUAUUGGCUUUAUUUCAUACCACGUGGGUCAAGUUUGAACAUCUAUUUCUCCAAAUUUUGAUAGAAAUAGAUAAUAAGCUGGUGUAAACUCUUAAAUCAAGUGAAGAUAUAGAAAGCCGUUAUUCUGGGAUGCUCAAAACAAGAAAGAGCUAAUUGUUCAGCAUUGAAUAAUUACAAGGUAGUAUGAAUAUACUUAGAACAAAAGGGUGUUGAUUCUUUCUUGUAUUAAACAAAUUCCUCUGAAAGCAAGAAGCACCAAAGUCAUUAUCUCAUCCACCUGCACAAUGGAAAGGGGGAUCUCCAGAAAUGAGGCAUGAGUGGUGAGGAACCUCAAGAGUUCUUGCUGGAUUUCUGAUGUUCAGAGUAAAGACCUUGGAACCGGCCAUUAAAGGAGUUGAAUUUCUCUGUAGUUAUUCAUAUUACUAAAAGCCUGUGUGUCACUUGGAAAAACUUAAGCAAGCAAGAAAGAUGACCAGACUGCACUGUAAUGAAGAUCUAGGGGUUUUGUGGGUUUGUUUUUUGUGGGUUUUUUUCUUUUCCAGGGAGAAAAAUUAACUAUUUGUACACCAAGGAAAGAUUUAACAUUACUAGCAGAAGAAAGAUAUCUUUGCUUAUUGCUGAAGGCUGCUGUCAACAAUGGAUGCUAUCAGUCACUGGACUUCACCUGAAAUAAAGCAUCUUGUACAACUCAAUGUCUGAAAAAGAAUUCUCCUGAAGGAGAGGGGGUUGAAGAAGGGCAAUAAAAUGAGUAGGAGAAAGUUUCUCCUAUGAAGCCACUCAGAGGACCAAGACUUUAGUUCCUUAGGAAAGAGAAGACAAAUAUUGGGUCUUAUAAAACUGAGUACUGUGAAGCAAGUAGGGAAGUAGAGAACUCUUGUUCUAUCUUGUAGUGCAAGAAUAGAUGGACAAGUUAAUGAAGCUGAAUUGGAGUUACAUUUAGUUACGUUGUACUCCAUGCUCAGAAUUUGAGCUGAUUCACAGAUGAGGGUGGAACUUGAAGGGGCAGACUGUCUUCACAUCUGCAUCUCUUAACAGCCCUUUUGCUUUCCACAGAAAUGUCUGUUACUGGCUGGUGUCAGAGGGCUUUAAAAAGAUGGACUUGUGCUCUGAUCCUGUCUGAAUUAAAGUGCCAGUACCUAAGCUAUUGAGAGGACAGGAAAUGGCUUACACGCAUGAAACAAUGCGUUUGAAUGUGAUAAGCCUCUUCCAGGGCCCUGAUCUUUCCCUGAAAGAAUUAUAAUAUAAAGCAGUAAGGGAUGUUACCAAUGAGUGUGUUGAUUUCUUAGGAGCUGUCCUUCAAUGCUGAAAGUUUGCCAUAUGAAGGACUGAAAUAUCUUCUGAUCCUGUUACUUGCUGACAAUAUUCUAAAAUAGUUUUAUCAGUUAAGUGAGCUUUGAUAUUAACUUACUGAAGUGACAUUAUAUCAGAUAUUACUGUUAAACUCCAAGUAAUUUAUUGUCAAGAAGCUGUUAAGCAGCUAUCUUCUAGUCAGUAAAGUUUUUCCGACUAUGAGAAUCUAAGUCUCUUCUCUCUGGUAUUCAUACCAGUCUCUUGGUUUGGAGCCUGAGGUCCAAAGUCCUUCAAAGGACCUUCAGUAUUUGUAAGGCUUGUAGAUGAAAGAGAAAUAAGCAAGCAGUUCCGAAAUUUGCCCCGUGCAUCACUUUCUUCUGUGUAAAGGAGAGAUUUGGUUGUAUUGGAGAGCUUUCUCUACUUUUGCUCUUUGAUAAUAACUGUUCAGACUUCAAAAGGGCUUUUCUUGGCCUAAAUCAAUGGGGUAGGAGGAGGUAAAAAUGACCUAGAACUCUGAUAGAAACAUCCUCCUGAGAGCCUGAAAGUACGCAUAAAUGAGUGUAUACACAUGAACAGAUAUCAUACACACAUAUGCAUGUGCAUGUAUAUACAUAUGCAUGUGCAUGUAUAUACAUAUACAUGCAAAAAUCAAGCCAGACUGUAGUAAGAAGGGCAGCCCAGCUACCUCAAUUCACUGUGUGAAGCUAGUGAUGUCUCAGGUGUGGCAGAAAUACUGUCUCUUUCAACUCUUCACUACGUAAGGUCUGACUGGGCUAUGUGUUAUUCUUCGCCAUUCCUCUUUUCUGCUCCGCCCCCAUACUUUGUGUUUUGGUAACCUUUUCCUAGCAAAGACAGAUGCCAUUUGGACAGUCAGUGUUGUUUGCCAAAGCGAACUGUACUUGGAGCAAGGAUACAGGCAAUAGGAGGGACAAGGCAAAGGGGAGAGAUUAGCUUUAUUUUGAGACACAGGUUCCCUGUGAGAAAAAUGGUGAAGAUAUGUUAUGCAAAUAGAUUGUGGCAUCCCUGAACCAAGAGAUGGCUCUGAAGAAAAGCUGAUGUGAUACGCUUUUUCAAUUUAUUUUUUUAUAUUUUUCUCAAUGGCAAAGCAAAUGAUGAUAACUAGGCAUUCAGGGUUCAGGAUGGUUUUUCUUUGUUCUUGGAGAGGAAGGUGAAUUUUUGUCAAAAGUGUUGCAUUGGUCCUGUAAUCAUGCACAGGACAAACAAAUGGUCAUUUAUUGAUAAAUAUCUUUCUGUAGCCUAAUGUGGAUCAUAGCUGGAUGGGUGGUAGGGAGAAAUUUUCUCAGUGGGAUGAGAUAUGAUGUAUUAUUGAUCUCUCAACAAUCAGAAGGCUUCACUUCUUUCUGCCAGGAAAGUGAAUUUCAAUCUGUGGUCCACAAGGCUGCUGAGGGUCUGUGACCUGUUCCUAAAGACUCAACAGAGAAGACCCUAGGCUUUUCCAAAUACUCUUUUGAGAUGAAAUAGCCUGUUCCUGAUCUCCACUCCGCUUUAAUAAAAAAACUGAACAAAGCAAAAGCCAGCCUUUGAGCUAUUAAACCAGAUUUUCCCACUUGCGGUCUAACCGAAUGAUCCCUUUGCUCAACACAAACAUCCAUGACGAGGUGUGUGAAGCUGACCCCUCCUCACUAUGUCUACUCGGAAGGAGAAACGCCCAUUAAUUUGAAAAUGAAGAUUAUAAAAAACUGGGAAUGUGCUUGUGGUAAGCUAUUUGUUCUUCCCUACGAGACCCUCCAUACAUGCUCAAAGAUCAGGGGAUGGAUGUCUGAAGGCGCCCUCGUAGCCCUCUAGGGUGUACCCCCAGGCAGCGGGGUGCCAUUUCCGCAGGGGAGAGGCAAAGGGGGCCGUGAUGCCACUGCUCCUGCCCAGCUGCAGCCCUCCCCACCGAGGGGCAGUUGGAGGCCUCGGGGCGGUUCCCCCGGGCAGGGCCCUUCCAGGCCCUAUCCCCUCACAAAGCAGGGCAUGGGGCGGCACUGGGCAGUGGCAAUGGGGCUGCAGCUGGGGCUUCUGGUGCUGCUGGGCCUGGCAGGGUGCCCUGUUGCCUCAGGGAACCUGUCUGGGGAGCUGCGUGUCGCCGCCACAUGGGUGACAGUGCCACGGCAGUUGAGCCCCCGGGCCAACACCAACCCCCUGGCCGUCUCCUACUGGCGGGGGGGCCCGCAGGUGCUGCACCUGCGGCCCAGGCGGGGCCUGGUCUCCCACCCCUUCACCUUGGUCACCUACGGCAAGGAUGGGGCCCGCUGGGAGGAGCACCCCUUUGUGCGGGACAACUGCUUCUACCAGGGUGAGGUGCAGGGGAGCCCUGGCUCCCUGGUGGCCCUCGGCACCUGCGGCAGAGGUCUCCGUGGCGUGCUCUGGGUGGAGGAUGGCACCUACGAGAUUGAGCCCGUCCCCGACGAUCCAGCCUUCCGGCACAUCCUCUACCGCAUGGAGGAGGCCAAAAACCCUGCGGGCCCCACCUGUGCGCUGACUUCAGAGGAGCUGCAGCACCAAAAGGCUUUGCUGCCCUGGUUUGAGGUCUCCCGGGCAGAGGAGGAGGAGGAGAUGCUGAAAGACUGGUGGACACACAUCAGGUACCUGAAGAUAGUAGUGGUCGUGGACAAUGUGCGGUUUGUGAAGUCGGGCAGGAAUGAAUCCGAAGUCUUGAGGCAAAUCAUAGAAAUCAUCAAUAUUGGGGACUCUCUGUAUGAACAGCUUUCUGUUCGGCUGUUUCUUGUGGGAUUGGAGAUCUGGACCAAAAAAAACCUCAUAAACAUUACUAGCUCUAUCAGCGAUGUGCUUGAAGACUUUAACAAAUGGCGGAAGUCAGACCUGUCUCCACGGUUGCGCCAUGAUACCGCUCACUUAUUUGCAUUUGAGAGGUUUGGAAGGACGCUGGGAUUGGCAUUUGUAGGGUCCGUGUGUAAUAACCAGUGGUCAUCAGCAGUUGCUUCCUUCACUAAUAGGAAGUUGUCCUCAUUUAUUACCACGUUUGUCCAUGAGUUGGGCCAUAUUCUUGGGAUGCGCCAUGAUGGACCGGGCUGUAAAUGCAGGCGAAAGAAAUGCAUUAUGUAUGAAAGCGAUGUUGACACCGAUGCAUUCAGUGACUGCAGUUACAAAGACUACUUUGACCUGCUUGGGCGUGGUGCCGGCUGCAUUCAUCAACCGCCAGCCCCUGGCAGUUUCUACACCAUGAAGCGUGAAUACUGUGGGAAUAAGAUAGUAGAAAGCGGAGAGCAAUGUGACUGUGGUUCAGAAUCAAACUGCAGAAAGGAUCCUUGUUGUCACCCGAACUGUACGUUCACUGCAGGUUCAGUCUGUGCUUCUGGAAAAUGCUGCAAGAGCUGUCAGAUCCUUCCAGCAGGAACACGCUGCAGAGCAAGUACUGGCGACUGUGACCUGCCAGAGUAUUGCAAUGGGACUUCCACUCAGUGCCCACCAGAUGUGUACAUAGAAGAUGGAACCCCUUGCAAAUAUGAUGCUUAUUGCUAUCGAGGAAAAUGUUCUUCCCACAGUAGACAGUGCCAGCGUCUCUUUGGCAAACAAGCCAGGGCUGCUCCUUUAGAUUGCUUCAAAGCAGUGAAUACUCGAGGUGACCGGUUUGGGAAUUGUGGUAUUCAUAACAAUAACCGUUUUACAAAAUGCAGUAUUGAGAAUAUCUUAUGUGGUAGGAUCCAGUGUGAAAACAUAAACAAAUUGCCUUUCUUGCAGAACCACGUAACACUAGUCCAAACACCUGUUGGAGGUAAAAAGUGUUGGGGUCUUGACUACCACACGGGGUUGCCAGUAGCUGAUGUGGGGGCUGUGGAAGAUGGCACACCGUGUGGUAGUGAUAAGGUUUGUAUCAACAGGACGUGUACCAGCAUAUCACUGCUGAAGUACGACUGUAACGCAACAAAGUGUCAUGACAGAGGAGUGUGUAACAAUCAUAAGAACUGUCACUGCAGGUAUGGCUGGGCUCCUCCGUACUGUGAACAGGAAGGAUUCGGAGGUAGCGUUGACAGUGGACCCCCUCCAGCCAGGGAGAUUUUUCAGAGAGCAGAAAUGGGAGUAACACUACUUAGUCUUCUUUCUCUCUGUAGCCUCGGAUUAACCCUUGCCAUAUGUUACAACCAGGAAAUAGUGAGAUGGCUUAGGAGGAAAAGGCCCAGUUCCACAGAAGACGACAGCAGUUGUUUCAAACAGUGGAAAUGCCAGCAGUUCCUAAAGGAGAAGUCAAGCUGGUGAGUCAAAAUCCACCACAAAGCACUUGCCAAAAACCAACAGGCAGUAGCUUUGAUGCUCCUGGGGAAAUCUCCCUUGAGCAGA